AUGACAACUAGUGCCCUUACUUUAUUUGUUAAUUGGUGGCUAGGUCGAUGGUCAAAUGCGGAACGGAUUCGUUAUGCAUCGAAAUCAACAAAUGACAGUUGUACUCUUGAAGAUCAAUCAUCUAUUCGAAAUAUGACAAAUAAUGAAUGGCACAAAAAACGAGACAAUUAUUUCUAUGUCCUUCUCGGAUUCGUCAUGUUAAAUAUCAUCCUUUUAUUUAUACGUACAAUUCUCUAUUUUCUCUCCACUCAUAUUGCUGCACGAACACUUCAUAAUCAAAUGUUCAGUUCAAUACUUCGUGCACCUGUACUCUUCUUCGAUACAAAUCCAAUUGGUGAUUCUAUAAUUCGCUUUAGUAGACAAGUUAUUGUUUUUUACGUUUUAGGUCGUAUUAUAAAUCGUUUUUCGAAAGAUAUCUCGUCGAUUGAUGAAAAACUAUCUGAAGCGACAUACAAUUUUACUGAGGCAUUUUCCAACAUUGUUUCAACAGUUUCUUUUAUUGCAUUCAUUCAACCAUUGUCAUUAAUAUCAUUAUUAUUUGUUGGUGCAAUACUAGAACGGAUACGAAGGAUUUUUAGUCCCGCAAUACGUGAUAUAAAGCGGCUUGAAAGUCUCGGUCGAUCACCAAUCUAUUCUCAUCUUUCCUCAACAAUUCAAGGUGUACCAUUGAUUCGCUCCUAUGGAGCACAAACAAUGUGUACACGAGAUUUUUCUAAUUAUCUUGAUGAACACAGUCGCGCUUAUAGUGUAAUGCUUACAAUGAAUCGAUGGGUAGCAAUGAGAAUCGAAUCUGUUGUAGCAGCCUUUAUCGGCCUUCUUACAUUUUCAAUGUUAUUCGUUCAUCGAAAUUUGCCUGUAUCUGAUUUGGGUCUUAUUUUGGCUUAUUCAUUUACAUUGAUGGGCUCCGUACAAUGGAUAGUACGAUUGACUGUUGAUGUCAUGAUGCAGAUGACUAGCACGGAACGAGUGAUUGAAUAUGUUGAUUUGAAACCAGAAGAAUCGUCAACGAUUGAUCAAUUGAUUGUUUUACCACCACAAUGGCCAAUCGGUUCUAUUGUUUUCGACAAUGUGUCCUUUCGUUAUUCACCAGAUUCAUCUUGGGUACUUAGCAAUAUCAGUAUUUCCAUUCAACCGGGUGAAAAAAUCGGUAUCGUUGGUCGAACCGGGGCCGGUAAGAGUUCAAUCAUUCAAUCAUUAUUUCGUAUGGCUGAACUUGAUGGUCGAAUAUUGAUCGAUGAAACGGAUACAAAACAAAUUUCGUUGUAUGAACUUCGUCGGCGUAUUUCAAUUAUUCCUCAAGAUCCUGUUCUUUUCAAUGAUACUCUUCGAAUUAAUCUCGAUCCAUUUGGUGAAUAUUCCGAUAUUGAAAUAUGGAGUGCACUCAAUGAGGUAUUAUCACAUGGUCGUGCUGUUGAGUUUGCAAGUGCUCACGAAUUAUUAGUCGAUGAUCAAUCCUAUUUUUCUCAACUUCUCUCGCAAACUGGUCACCGUGAAGCUGAAUAUUUGAGGCAUCAAGCCAAAAAAGCCGCCAAGUCGCGAAAGUAA